UAGUCGGCCGUCAGCGCGGCAGCUGAUUGGUGGCGGCGGCGCGCUGGGCGGGGCGAGAGAGCCGGAGUCGGGGGCGCUCGGCGCGGCCCCUCAGAGCCCAGCGGGAUGGGGCGGCGGGUGCGCUGGGUGGCUCUGCUGCUGUGCCUGGCCGUGCUGUCGGCCGGAGCGCUUCCCGCGGUCGGAGCGCUUCCCGCCGCCGAUGAAGAAGGAAAUCAAGAUGAAUCACUGGAGUCAAAGACUUUAUCUGCAGAGGACCAGGUAAAGGAUCAUUCCACAGGAACUCGAGUGGUAGCAGGUCAGAUCUUCCUUGAAUCUGGGAAAUCGGACUCUGAAUCAGAGAAUGAAGAGAGCUUUCACAGUCAAGAAGAGGAAAAAGAGAAUUCACUGGAAGAGUUGAACUCUCUAGAAAUGUCAAAUCUAUUAAAUAAGGAUUUGGAAGAAACAGAAAUACAGAGUCCAGUUUUGACAGCUAUUGGAGGUACUGCAGAUGGUGAACCUUGUCACUUUCCGUUUCUGUUUAUGGAGAAGGAAUAUGCAGAGUGCACAGCCGAUGGGAGGGAAGACGGCAGGCUGUGGUGUGCAACAACCUAUGAUUACAAGAAAGAUCAAAAGUGGGGCUUCUGUGAAUCUGAAGAGCAGUCUAAUAAGAGAAGGCAGAUGCAAGAGGCUGAGGAUGUAUAUCAGAUUGGAAUGAAAAUCCUUAAUGAAAGCAGUAAAAAGGCUCAGAAGAAAGUAGCAUAUCAGUAUCUUCUGAAAGCAGCUGACAUGAAUCAUACCAAGGCCAUGGAGAAAGUGUCUUAUGCUUUGUUGUUUGGGGAUUACCUGAAGCAGAACAUCCAGUCAUCGAAAGAACUAUUUGAAAAACUAACAGAAGAAGGUUCUCCUAAAGGACAAAUGGCGCUUGGAUUUCUAUAUGCAUCUGGCCUAGGAGUCAAUUCGAGUCAAGCUAAGGCCCUGGUGUAUUACACUUUUGGAGCUCUAGGAGGAAAUCUGAUCGCUCAUAUGAUCUUGGGUUACCGGUACUGGGCUGGGAUAGGAGUCCUUCAGAGCUGUGAAUCUGCUCUCACUCACUACAGACUUGUAGCUAAUCACGUUGCUAGUGACAUUUCCUUGACUGGUGGCACAGUGGUUCAGCGAAUUCGCUUAGCAGAUGAAGUAGAAAAUCCAGGAAUGGCAAGUGGCAUGCUAGAAGAAGACUUGAUCCAGUAUUACCAGUUUUUAGCAGAGAAGGGAGAUGUACAAGCACAGGUUGGCCUUGGACAGUUACACUUGCAUGGGGGAAGAGGAGUAGAGCAAAAUCAUCAGCGAGCGUUUGAAUACUUCAAUCAAGCAGCUAAUGCUGGCAAUUCCCAUGCUAUGGCUUUUCUAGGAAAGAUGUAUUCAGAAGGAAGUGAUGUUGUACCUCAGAGCAAUGAAACAGCCCUUCAGUAUUUCAAGAAAGCUGCUGAUAUGGGUAAUCCAGUUGGACAGAGUGGAUUAGGAAUGGCUUACCUCUACGGAAGAGGUGUUCCAGUGAACUAUGAGCUAGCACUGAAGUAUUUCCAGAAGGCUGCAGAACAGGGAUGGGUUGAUGGACAGCUUCAACUAGGUUCCAUGUAUUACAAUGGCAUUGGAGUCAAGAAAGACUAUAAACAAGCUUUGAAGUAUUUUAACUUGGCCUCCCAGGGUGGCCACAUUCUCGCCUUUUAUAAUCUGGCUCAGAUGCAUGCUACUGGCACUGGAGUGAUGCGGUCCUGUCAUACUGCUGUUGAGUUGUUUAAGAAUGUCUGUGAACGGGGGCGUUGGUCUGAAAGACUGAUGACUGCCUACAACAGCUAUAAGGAUGGUGAUUCAAAUUCUGCUGUCGUUCAGUAUCUUCUUCUGGCAGAACAAGGCUAUGAAGUUGCACAAAGCAAUGCUGCUUUCAUACUUGAUCAGAAAGAAGCUAGCAUAGUAGGAGAAAAUGAAACCUAUCCUCGAGCUUUGCUUCACUGGAAUAGAGCAGCUUCUCAAGGAUAUACUGUUGCAAGAAUUAAACUUGGAGAUUACCAUUUUUAUGGGUUUGGUACUGAUGUUGAUUAUGAAACUGCAUUUAUUCACUAUCGACUGGCAUCAGAACAGCAGCACAGUGCUCAAGCAAUGUUUAAUCUGGGCUACAUGCAUGAGAAGGGGUUGGGCAUCAAGCAGGAUAUUCAUCUUGCAAAACGAUUCUAUGACAUGGCAGCUGAAGCAAGCCCAGAUGCUCAGGUUCCUGUCUUCCUAGCACUUUGCAAGCUUGGAGUGAUUUAUUCCUUGCAGUACAUACGAGAAAUCAAUAUAAGAGAGGUAUUCUCACACAUUGAUAUGGACCAGCUGCUGGGACCUGAGUGGGACCUCUACCUUAUGACUAUCAUCGCCUUGCUCCUGGGAACAAUUAUAGCUUACAGACAAAGGCAACACCAAGCAAUUCCCAGACCAGCAGGACUGCGGCCAGCUGUGCCUCAACAAGAACCGCCCCCAGAGCACCAACCGCCACAAUAGCAACAAGAGCCUCAGUGAAAGAACUGGAUUUUUCCAAAAGGAACAAUUUUCAUUGUGAAUUAGGACUUUGGAUCAACAGCCCCUCCCCCAAAAGAGGCACAAAGAAGUUAAAAAAAAUGUUUGAAAGCUGCUUAGAAUGAUGCCUUUUUUCAGGGAUAAGAAAAUUAUUUUCAAAUUGAUUUGAAUGUUAUUUCAGUGCCAAUGGAAUAACACUAUGGCUUUUUUCAUGGAAACACAAGAGUGCUACUACAAAAAUGUUGCCUGCUGUAUCUAGUUCCUCUUUAUUCAUAGUCCUUUUCAUCUCCCAGAGAGACAGAAGGCUAGCAGUAGAAGGUUUUUGCCUGCUUGAUAGCAGUUGCCCUUUAUAAAAGUAAUAAUAAUAAAUUUAUGGCCAAUUUAAGUCCAAGAAGCUGACCUAUAUUCAAAUUCUGAAAAGAUUAGGGGUGUUAAGAACUUAGAUUCUGACCUGCAUCUCAAGUAUUUCUAUAGCCCUUAUUUAAUUUUUUUUUUUUUUAGUAUUCCUUACACUUUGGUCUUUUAGGCUGUCUUGGAUGGUUUAACAUAGAUUAUUGAUAAACCCUGUAAAAGUAAGCCAGCAAACAUGCUACUAUCCAUUCGUGCUUUUUUGUUUUGGGUAUUUUACUCCAUUCCCCUUAGACAGUUCUCAGCAGUCAGUAUGUAGCCCAUGAGGUGGAGUGGGACAGAUGAGGUCUGUAAAGCUCAUCAGUGGAAAACUGUCCACACAGCACCCAGAUCUCACAUACUUCUAAAACUUUUCAGGAGCCUGUGUACUUUGCAGUCCUUCAUGACAUGAAAACAUAUUGGUAGAGUUCCUAAAUUUAAAUUUGUCUUUUUACUAAGAGGCUGAGUCUAGAUAGCAGAAAGCACCAGUAUUACUGCACACACUGAAGAAAGGAGAGAGCCAGAAAUCUCAGUGAAUUAGCUGACUUGCUUUUGGAGUUGGAAGUUCUGUGGUUAAUUUUCAACAAUCCUGUUAGUGAUUUGCACUGCAAGAAAGGUGUGUAUCUCACGCAUGCAUCUGCUUAAUGCAUCUACAAAAAAGAGCCACAAAAAUGCAUGCUCUCUACAAAAGGGCAUGUGCUUAUGCCAGUGAUGCUACUCCAAAGCUACAGGGGUGCUCUGGCUGUCGCCAACCUCUCUUGUACCUGGCAUAGAGGAAAGUCACGGUAAUGUCUCUGGCUGUGCCAUCUCAAGGACCCCUUGUAACAAGAAAAUCCAAAGAGAAAGAAGACUAGUGGCUUCUUGAUGCCACCAGGUCAGUGUAAAUGCCUUUUAAUGAGUGUAAAGACUGUGACCUGUGGACUGAUGAUUUAAGACUGCAAGAGGAAUCUUCACUUAGUGACGAUUUUCAUUGAACUAUGAUUUCUGGGGCUGGGGAUGGGAAGCAGUGACAGAAUAGUUUAGGAGCAUGAAAUGCAUAAGUGUCUGUUCUUAUUUUCCAGUGGUAGUGAAAUAUUGGUUUCUGUACUAGCAUUAAACCCUCUGAAUAUACUAUCAUAAAGCAGAACGAAUACAAAUGAGGAGGCUUUAGCUGCUUUCUGACAGAAGCUGUUGUGUUUAAAGGGUUAAGGGCUUAUUUUCAUGCAAAUGUUUUUCCAGUGUAUUGGCAACAACAUAUCAAUACACUUUAUUUAGAAUUGAGAGUUUGGUAUGGUUUCAUACUUGGUACAGGUGCAAGGAGAUGAUUGCACAAUAGGCCUCGAGUUUGGGAUAGAAGAUAAGCAAUCCAUUCUUUUGGAAAUGCAAAUGUCACGGAUGACUAGUAUUAAAGGUACUAGUAUUAUAGGUAAAACUUCUCAGUACUUCACAAUGCUUAUGCUGGUCAUAUGAAGACAAAUCUUUUAAUCAGUAGAGGGUUGCAGCAUGUGGUAAAGGAAUGUCUUGUUCAGUCUCAAUCAUCAUUAGCAGAUGAAACAGUAUUGAACUGAAAUGUAGUGUCUUAUAUGUACAGCAUUCCCCAGCUGCAUUUCUAAGAUAUCUGUGAUUUCUGAACACACCCUCUGACAUAUUUUGCCACUGUCACUUAACUCGUUUUAGCUUGGCAUGAGUAAAUUAAAGAUUAUAUGGAAAAUGUUCUUCAGUUAAAUACCAUUCAUUCAUUGGUAUUGGUCUCUUAGGCAAUUUAACAAUUUUGUUACUGUAUUAUUAAAAUGUUUUGGUUGUUGAUCUAUUAGAACUAAAUUCUAAAAGCUCUCUUUUACUUGCAUAAGAAUCUCUCAUCACUGCUGCUAUGUGACGGUCUCACAGAUGACUUUCAGUGUAUCUGAUGCAUUUUUACAUCCAAGAAAUCAGCAGAAGAAAACAAUUGAAGAUCAGCAAGUUACUUCAUUUAAAAAAAAUGCUUUUUGAAGGAGCAAUAAGGAAGUCUUUCUCCUGCUUUUUUCCCUUCCACCAAAUUACUACCACUAACUCUUCAGAUGACAUUCAUUUGAAUGUGGUGGUAGAAGAAAAAGGUACUUACCAUAAAUAAUGGCAAGUUAACUCAGGGAUUAAAGAUAUGAAUAAGUUUUCUAAAUCAGUUAUCUACACCAUGACUUAAGUUUUUGUGACAAUCCCUUACUACUCUGUUCUGAAACUUGCAUUUUGAGGAAAGUAUAUUUAACUCUUACUAGCAAUAUGUUCCUUGUGCACUCAGUUAAUCAAGCAUCUUUUUCCUAAAGAAGCUGAGUUGCUCAGUUUACUGCAGUGAAGUACUUUGCCCUUUAGGUAGCACACAGGUUAUCUUAUAGUCUAUAUGCAGGAGUAUUUUAGAAGGGAAAUAAGAUUUGAUUUAAGAGAAACCUUUCUGGGUGUGUUCAAGCAUGGUUUGAAUGAAAAAGUUGUGUUCUUUGUGUGUAGUAACAUAGGCCAGAGCCUGCCUAUUUGACCUUCAUAGACACAUGCUCUUCUUUCCCUGCACAGAAAAUGGAACUAUAGAGCAGUAAGUGUUAUUGGUGGGAUUUUUAUAUGUAGGAAAACUGUGGAAAAAUAUGAAGAAACACAUUAUUCUGCAUCUCAAAUUAUUAAUCAAAGACGUUAGCUGUUCUUGCUAUAUAAAAGAAACACUGAACUGUUAAGAAAACAGGAUUUUAGUUCAUCACUGGUGAAACUUAUCCCAGAGCUAUCUGUUGAAAUAAUUUUCUUGCUUUAUAUUGUCCAUGGUGGGACAGUGUAAUAGAAGGUAAGGCCUUUGAUACAAACAUCCUCGUGAGACUCUUGCGAGAUAGUUUUACUCACUUUUUAGUUAUCUUCCGUAAGUCAGCUACUCUUACUAAAAAAAAAAAAAAAUCAAAUGUUUUAAUUUGGGGGAAGAACAUUAGGAUAUGGCUUGUGAAAGGACUUUUUAAGACUAUGCAUUAUCUAAUUUCCACCUAUUAUAUGCUAGUUUUGGCCUAUAAAAGGGGAUUACACUCACCUUUGCAAGUUGCUUUCCUUUUAGAUAGGCAACAAUGAACUGAAAUUCUAUUUUUUUGUUUCAGAAUAUUAAACUGAAAAGAUUUAGUUUGAUUUGAACUACUGCAAAUGCAUAUGGCAAAUAGGGACUAUGGGGGGAACCCUUUGUUUUUAUCAGCUACAGUUCUUUAAAGGGUCUUGUAGGAGUUUUGUAAAUUUAUUUUGUAUUUAAAAUCAGUAUAAAGGCUGGUCAAAUGUAAUAUAAUUGUGUAAACAAAUUCUGUUAAUAGAAAGAUGUACAGAUUCAUUUUGUACUGUAUCUUUAAUCUUGUGAAAUAAAGAUACCACCUGUGUGGUUACCCUCAGUGUUCACAGUGGUUAUGAUGACAGAAGAUGUGAA